AUGGCUCAGUCCGAGAAUUCUGCCGGCUUACCGUCAAUGGACCUGCAGGAAACCCUACCGAAUUUCUCACUCAUCUCGAAUACCGAAGCAGUCUCAGGCCCCAGCAGCGGCUACACCAAGUCUCAGAACAUGGCAGCCUCCCCGAUUUGGCCUGAAUUUUUGGGACUGGGGCUAGGUCUGAACUUUGACAGUGUUCCUCUGCAGUAUGAGCCUUUCAACUGGGGCAAUACCUCGAUUGAAACACCCUCGAAUGAGAGUAUGGAUCGCCAACAGAUCAAUCAUCUAGCCGUCUCAGAACUUGUCGAUAACACGAGCAAGAUCACAAACCUUAAUCCCAAUUGCUUUUCCCUAGCACAGAUCGACCCAGUCGAAUCCAAAUGUGAAGAGCUGAAUGCCUUGUUGAGCACCAAGAAAGGGCUGACCUUCGAGGGAUCGACCAACGAGCGUAUCACCCGUGAGAAGUUAGUAUACUCAAUCGAGUUGUUCGGUCGACACUUUCAACGCCAUCUUCCUAUCAUACACAGUGCGUCUUUCAGCUUAUCUCAAGCGCCGCGUGGGCUUUUGUUGGCCAUGUACUGUGUUGGAGCCUGCUAUGACAACAAUAUUAUGACUACUGAACAUAUCCUCAAGGCCGCCGCGCAAGUCUUGAUGGACAUUGAACAUCAACCUCACGAAGAAAAGAUGGAUGAGCCCCCUUUGUCAGCGAUCCAGGCCGGAAUUUUGGCUUCCUCGGUGCUGGCAACCUCUCAGGACGAGUUUUCGCACAAGUCCGUGCCAAUUCAUUUUGCAAGAAAUAUAUCGAUGGCACACCGGGCCCGAAUCUUCCAGUCUGUGGAUAGAAAAGACUACAACACCAUGACCUUGGAGACUUUCGACUGGGACGCCUGGGUUGACUUGGAGUCACGUAUAAGAAUCGCCAACGCACUAUUUACACAAAAUACAGCAGAAUGUAUCUUUCAAGGGAAACCGCCGACCUUCUCGCCCUUUGAUUUGGACUUUUCACUUCCGAGAUAUGAAGCAAGCUGGGAAGCACAAUCAGCUUCCCAGUGUCUGGAAGCUCUCCAGUCUACUCCGCGGUCUGAGCUACUCUCCACCGUCAUGCAGAAGCUUCUUGUCUCAAACACCACUAGUGAAGCAUCGUCGCCAUUCGAGGGCUCUUCAUUUGGAAUGUUCACAUUAAUUACCGGCAUUCACUGCAUCGUAUGGAAUGCCAUCAAGCUUCAGAUCCGGGAACCUUGGGAUCCGGCGAAGCUAAACGGUGCUUCCAGCUCAUACGAAGCAAUGGAGGCCUCCAGCAUACUAAAUAAUCUCCGAACAAACUUCUCAUCGCACACCAUCGAGUCACUUACUGCAGAGAUCGAAGCGUUCUCUGGGGCUGGGCGAUUCGCCGGUGAGAAUAAAGCGCUGGACACAUGGAUGCAUUGGUGGAAUGCCCGGCAAUACCGAGAUCACAAAGACUCAAGUUUCGCUCUAAAUCCGAUGCCAUUUUGGUACUUGGCAAAAGUGUUUUUGUUGUUACGUCUUUGUGGUGACGCCGACCAUCUGACUCAAAGCGAUUUUGCUUGCGUUAUUGCGAAGAGCGACGAUGUCAAGGGGAAAAUGCAAAGACAGUCUAAGAUUCUGGAGCUGAUGUCACGUUUGCGACAUCCUCGGCAAGUUCAGCUGCAGAGGACGCUACAGGCAAAUGUGGCUAGUUUCAUGGAGCCGUGA